CCGGACAGCGAUUCCAUUCAGUUACAAAUGUAGUAAAUUAACAACAGACAGAAAUGAACAGGACAGAGUGAAACUCCCCUGGCUGUGACUCCUGUGCUGAAUGGGUGAAACUGCCUCAGCAAAGGGAGGUUUCCCCUGAAGUGCAAACUCAUGGAUGCUAGAAAAACUGAGAGCUUUGCAGGACUCUGAAGCUGCUUGGAGGAAGUGUCCCUGCAGGACUCAGCAGGCUGGGGACCGGCUCUGGCCAGCAGCCAAGGGGCUCUGCCUGUGGGGUAGGUGAGCAGACCCAGCUACGAUGAUGGGGAAGGUUCCCUCAUUCUCCUGCAGCUCCACAGUGAGCUCCGCUCUGCCCAGCUACGUCGCUCUCUGCCUCACUCUACAGGUUCACAGGCUGGUAUCAGCACAGUUCACAGUGGCUGGACCUGACCAUCCAGUCAUUGCUGCCCUAGGUGGGGAGGCCGUCCUGCCCUGCCACCUCUCCCCCAGGAUGAGCGCUGAGAACAUGGAGGUGGGAUGGUUACGAUCCCAGGACUCUGAAUUGGUGCACCUGUAUCGUGAUGGGAAGGAUCAGUACAGAGAGCAGAUGCUGGAAUAUCGAGGCAGAACUGAGCUCUUGAAAGACGACAUCACCAAUGGGAGAGUAUUCCUGAGAAUACGCAAUAUCCGACCCUCCGACGAUGGGCCAUACAGUUGUUAUUUUCAGUCAAAUGCUUCUUACAAAGACACUUUAUUGGAACUACAGGUGGCAGAUUUGGGCUCUGCUCCUGCCAUCUCUGUGGAGGGACAUCAGGACAGAGGGAUCCGGGUUGUGUGUCGAUCAUCCGGAUGGUACCCACAGCCCAAGACUCAGUGGAGAGAUCACCAGGGGCAGCUCUUACCAUCAUUCUUUGAAGAAAUAUCCCCAGAGGCCAAUGGCCUGUUUCAAACAGAGAUCGUCAUUGUUCUAACAGAAGAGUCCAACCAGAAAGUGUCCUGCUGUGUCAAGAACUCCCGACUCAACCAGGAGAGAGAGUCAGUGAUUUCCAUAGCAGAGCUGUUUUUCCCACAAGUCAAUCCCUGGACAGUGGCUCUGGGGGUGAUCCUGCCUCUCCUGGCUGUUCUCAUGGCCCUGGCCAGUUACUGCUUCUGGAGGCAACGCAGAGCAAAAGAGACCCUGCGAUCGGAUAAGGAGAGCGAGAAAGAGACCCUGCUGUCUGAAUGGGAGGGAGAGAAAGAGGCUCUGCGAUCUGAGAUGGAGAGACAGACAGAGGCUCUGCGAUCUGAGAUGGAGAGACAGAAAGAGGCUCUGCAAUCUGACAUGGAGAGACAGAAAGCGGAAUACGAGGCAGCAAAAGAACUGGGACUCACCAGAGCCCAAGGAUAUGCAGUGGACGUGACUCUGGAUCCAGACACGGCAAAUCCCUGGCUCGUCCUGUCUGAGGAUCGGAAACAUGUGAGACUCGGAGACACACAACAGGAUCUGCCCGACAACCCUGAGAGAUUUGAGAAAUAUUUCUGUGUCCUGGGCGCUGAGGGGUUUGCGGGCGGGAGGCGUUACUGGGAGGGGGAGGUGGGAGACAAGACUGAGUGGUACCUGGGGGUUUGUAGGGAAUCUGUGAGCAGGAAGGAGUGGGUCACACUCACACCUGGGAAUGGAUUCUGGGUCGUGUGGCUGAAGGAGGGGGAAUACCAGGCCCGCACCUCCCCCCCGACCUCCCUCCCCAUGAGCAUCAGGCCCAGCCGGGUGGGGAUUUUCCUGGACUAUGAGGCGGGCGAGGUCUCGUUUUACAAUGUGACUGACAGGUCCCAUCUCUUCACUUUCACUGGCACCUUCUCCGGGAAGCUCCGCCCUUAUUUCCAUCCUGGUCUCAACGCUGAGGGUAAAAACGCGGCUCCCCUGAUAAUCUGCCCGGUCCCAGCUCAGGCCGGAGGGAAUCUCGGUCCCUGAUAGUGACCCCGCGGCACAGACUGGCCCCUCCCAGCGCUGCCGCUCUUCCUUCCCCCUGGUGGCGGAUGCUGGUUACUGCAGGGAACUGGAUUUUUUUGUGCUGCCCAGAUGCUGCCAGUUUCCCUUUUCAGCUGGAGUAGAAACCCGGACACCUGGCAACCCCCGCCCAGGCUGGGUGAAUGGGACCCACUUGCUGGAAGGAGCCCAGACAGCUUCCCCCUCCCCACCCCACCCCACCCCACCCCCUCCCUCUGUGUUUGCUCCACCCCUGGCACAGGGUGAUGCUGGUAAGAAAUCCUGCCAGACAGCUGGUGGGUUUUGCUGCCCUCACCUUUCCCUGUCCCCUGCCCAGGGGUAGCAGAUGGUGGAGGAUGGGGAUCAUUCACUCCUGUCAGAAUAUUCUACCCCUGUGAAAUCUCAAUGCAAAAUAUGAAAAAAAAGAUUAUUCUAAAUUAGAAACUGUUGUUAUUGUAAACAAAAACAUUUUCAUUUACAUUUCAACAGUAUUUCAGAAACAAGCAUCUAAACAUAUUUUUAGAAAUGGAAUUAUUUACAUUUAUUUUUUGAUUUUUCCCUCAAAUCUAUAUUGAGGUUUAACUUCUCUACAUAGCAUCAUUUGUAUUUCAACUGUGUUACUUCAGGAAAUCCAAAAUAUUUCUCUUAUCAAAAUAAUUAUUAAAAACUGUCAGACUGGGUUGUUCAGUUACAAUGUACAUGUGUCAUAAACAUCACAACUACACAUGUGCAGCUGCUCUCUCUCGCUCUCUUUAUUGUCUUGACUGGUUCUCUCUGGAAGGCAGGGCACGUAUACCCGCCUCCUGCACUACACCUUUGAAAAUUAAUAGGUGAAAAAAUGAUAGAAUUAAUUAAGCAAUAUAUUUAAAUUAACUCACACAAGAUUAUAAAAUAGUCUUUGAACUUCUGUCAGCAUUAAUUCAUAUGAUUUUUAACUUUCUAGCUACAUAUAAUCGGUAAUCAAGACAUGACCCUUCCUUUCUUGUUCUCACAUCAAUUAAGAAAACAUGAUCCCGAACCUCAAAUGCUAGCUUCCUAUAUAUAGAAAUCUCUUCUACAAUAUCCGUUUUUUUAAUUUAUUUUUCUUUAGAAAUAUUAUUUUCAGCCAAUGUACUGUCAGUGUCCACUGUUGAUUUCAAUGGACUGCCAGGCUCUUCAUGUUCUUGGUUCUAAGGACGUAACAAAUUUAGAUUGGUAAAAAAAGAGAGAAGGGGGUGUAUUCCUUUACUGAAUCAUCACAAAUUAACUUAAUUGUAUUAAAGAUGCUGGCACUUAAUGGCCCAUAACAUGAAAUUUAGUGAAGCUUUAUUGGGAAACCUUUCUUCUCAGCCAUAAAUCAGUCGAAAGGGUGAUAUUUUUGUUGUCAUGUGAGGUUUAGAGUACAAAGAAAAUAAAGUUGCUCCAGGAAAUUCAUCACAGUUCCUCUGGGUUCUCUGUCCACCACCUUCUGGAAUGCUGUCUACAAAUAGUGACUGAUUGGUCUAAUUCCUUGAAAUUAGCAAUUGAACCUAAUUUCCUGAAGAGCUAGCUGAGCAGAGUAUGAGGGAAGGCACAUCGCAUGGCAUUGCUAGGACUACUUUUUGUUUUAAACGUGAUGCAUUAUGAACAUUUUCAAUGUAAUAAUUCAGUUUUGAAAAUUUAUUCAUGCCCUAAACUUACCUUGAUUAUUUGAAAAUAAAUACCCUAAAGUU